GAGAAAAUUCAAUUAUUGAAACCAACUAAAUUGUCCAUUUUUCAUUUCUGCUCCGUGGACUUUCCUCCCCCCACUUGAAAUUCAGGAUAGCACGAAACCCACAGAGAACAAAACCACCCAACCGAGCAGUUGCAGAGGAAACAAAGCACAGAUUUUGAAGAAGAUAGAGAGAGAGAGAGAGAGAGAGAGAGAGAGAGAGAGAAAAACAGAGACUUCCACCAAAACGGAGGAUUUCAGAAACAGAGCAAAAAUCAAUAAAGCUCUCAACUUUAAUGGCGGCUAAGCACCAGGACUCAAUUUCAGCACCGCAACCUCAGCGGCCGGUAAUAACACUCCCUCCGAGGCCUUCGGCGGAGGCCCUUUUCGGCGGCGGAUCUGGAGCCAGCCCGGGUCCGAUGACCCUGGUCUCAAGCUUCUUCUCCGACUCAGGGUAUGACUCGGAGUUCAGGUCCUUCUCUCAGCUUCUUGCUGGAGCUAUGGGGUCGCCUUUGGGGCAAGCCAGGCCAAUCAUGUUUGGACAGAACCAAAACCCAGGUGGUAAAGAAGGUGGUGGCUCUGAAAAUGGAGGUGAGAAGAGUUCUGGGUUUAAGCAGAGUAGGCCUAUGAAUUUGAUGGUGACUCACUCGCCAUUGUUUACUGUCCCACCUGGGUUGAGCCCCUCCGGGUUGCUUAACUCGCCUGCCGGGUUCUUUGCACCUCCGAGCCCAUUUGGAAUAUCACACCAGCAGGCCUUGGCACAUGUCACUGCACUAGCUCAAUCUAAUAUGCAGAUGCAAGCUGAUUAUCAAUCUUCUUUAGUAGCAGCUCCCACAGAGUCGCAGACAAGUAAUCCGCCCUCAAACCCCAAUGAAGCUUCUCAACAGCAGACAGCACCCUCAACAUCUGAACUUGGAAGUUCUAUGGUGCAAUCAUCAGAGGCCUCUCAUCCUGAUAAAAAAUACCCUUCAUCCCAUGCCACUGAUAAACCUGCAGAUGAUCGUUAUAACUGGCGAAAAUAUGGGCAGAAGCAGGUUAAGGGCAGUGAAUAUCCGCGAAGCUACUAUAAAUGCACACAUCUGAACUGUCCUGUCAAAAAGAAAGUUGAGCGUUCUCCUACUGGCGAAAUAACUGAAAUUAUCUACAAAGGGCAACAUAACCAUGAGCCACCUCAACCCAAUAAACGUGCAAAAGAUGGUGGUGGUCAGAAUGGACAUAUGGAUUCUCAGCCUAAGCUUGAAAAUGGUUUACAAAGAAGGGUUGGAGAUUCAAACAGGUCUUCUGAAGCUGUGCCUGAGAGGGAUUAUGAGCACACUCAAACUGCUCCUGUGCAGUUACCAAGUGACAGUGAAGACUUGGGUGAUGCGGAAACCAGAGAAGAAGGGGAUGUUGAUGAACCUAAUCCAAAGAGAAGGAACAUUGAUGGUGUUGCAUCUGAGGUAGCUUUGCCUCACAAGACGGUGACAGAACCUAAAAUCAUUGUGCAAACAAGGAGUGAAGUUGAUCUUCUUGAUGAUGGUUACAGGUGGAGAAAGUAUGGGCAGAAAGUAGUCAAAGGGAAUCCUCAUCCAAGAAGUUAUUACAAAUGCACAUACACCGGAUGCAAUGUGCGCAAGCAUGUUGAGAGAGCUGCCAGUGACCCCAAAGCUGUCAUAACCACAUACGAGGGGAAACACAACCACGAUGUUCCAGCAGCUAGAAACAGUAGCCACAACAUAGCCAAUAACAACGCCUCACAGUUCAAACCACCCACAGUAGUGGCAGCCGAGAAGCAUCCCCUACUUAAAGGGAGAGAGUUUGGCAACAAUGACCAGAGACCGGUACUUCUUCAGCUGAAAGAAGAACAAAUUGCCGUGUAAUUUAGGUGUUUAAUAUCAGUAGUCAAGUACAGCAAACUAACAGGGUGCAAAAUGAAUAAGAAAGGAACUAAAAGCGUUUGCUGGUGUGUGAUAGUUUUUUUUUUUUUUUCCCCUUUUUCUCUGCAUAUAUAUAAUAUGUAGAUGGUUGGUAAGUUUUGCCUGAUGGUUUGUAAAUGUUCAAGGCAGAUAGUGUUACAGUAUAUAAUUAUUUCACACUGAAACUAGGAAUAAACAACUGAUAUAUAAAUGUACCGUUAAGAUACAGUACC